AAAGGAUUGAUUUUGUUUUCUGGGCUUUUAUUUAUUCUCUUGUUUUGUUGUCUCUUUAAUGAAAUUAUACAACUUACUAGAAUAAUUAGUGCAAAUUUCACUAGUUUUGAAUUGAAGUUCUUCACUUUAUUAGGGUAUAUAUACAUAUAUAUUGCUUUUAUUGGGUUCAAUUUGCAAAGAGCCAUUGUUUGACAGUGGGUGUUUGAAGAGGCAUUCUUGAUUUAGUUGAUAAAGGUCCAACCUUUGUAAACUUGGAUUUACCUAGAAGAAGGUUCAGUUCUUGGAUUUAGCAGUUUGCAUUUCUUUUCGAUUUAUCGGAAUCUGUUUUGAGGGUUUUGAUUCCAAAGAUUCUCAUUUGGUUCAUUAGAAGGCUGGGAAGACCCUUAUCAGAUUCUAAUAGUAGUGGUAAUGCUUGAUUAGCAGUAUUGGAGGGGCUAUAGAUCCAAUAAAAUGUUAGUUUAGAGUUUGUCAAGGAAUUGACUUGAAGUAGAAUACUUGAAGAGAAGGGGUCAUAAUGGCUGCAAAGCUUUUACAUUCACUUACAGAAGAAAAUCCGGAUUUGUCAAAUCAAAUAGGAUGCAUGACUGGAAUCAUUCAGUUGUUUGAUCGCCAAAAUUUGGUGACCGGCAGGCGCAUAACAGGACAUCCUAGAAGACUCCCCCCUGGUGAUUAUAGCCCUACUGAAACAAAUUUAAAUCACACAUCCCACAGGCAUCCAGUAGGGGAGUGUCAGCCGAACAAAAAUAUUCAUGACAAAAGAAGACAGUCAGCAGAAACGUCCAGACCUUCUUUCUCCUCUUCAUCCCGUUCAUCUUCUUUUUCUUCUCUUGACUUCACAAGAACGGCUCAACCAGAGUCCUUGUACUUUGACAGCAUGAUUUCUUCUGAAGUUCCUUCCAAGGAACUAACAAUGAGACAAUUAUGUGCUUCACCACAUUCUGAGCGUCAAAACGUCAACCUGCGUGAUGUGGUCAGGGACUGCAUGUACAGAGAACUACGUGAGAUGUCAGUUAAAACCACAACUAAAGAGGCGACAUCGGAGUUUUUGGUGGGGCGUAAGGACUUGCCAAGACCACUUAAUUCAUCCAAAGUCAAUGAUGCAAUUUACAGAAAUUGCCGCAAUGAAAGGCAAAAUCUUUCUGUUGAUCUUGAAGAGUCCCUUAAAGAUUUUGCUGAAGCUCGAGAUAUACGACCUUGGUAUUUGGAUGAACCUAGUAUACUCUCAAGGUCAUCAUCCUACCAACUGAGAGACGGAUCGUUGUAUUCAACUCCAAAGGAUGCUCCACGUUAUUCAUAUGAUGAACGGGGUAGAAUUCACUCAUCUUACGGGUCACAUGAUAGUGUGAAACAGACCUUAAAGCUCAAGGAACUACCGAGACUUUCACUGGACAGCCGAGAGAGUUCAAUGCGGAGUUUCAACUCUGACACACAAUCUAGCUUGUCAAAAAGUAUGCAGAAGGACAGUGGAAGAUUAAAUGAGCACUUACUUCCAGGUCUGCAUCAAACAUACAAAUCUCAACAACGACCUCCCAGUGUUGUAGCAAAGUUGAUGGGAUUGGAAUCACUGCCAAACUCUGCAUCAAACACUGAAUAUAUGAGUGGAUAUGAUCCUGUCAAAGAAUUUGAAGCCUCUUCAAGGUCCUCCAAAGUGACUGAUGUGUACAGACCAAUACAAGCAUUUGACUCCUCAAGGAAUGCCCGGAAGGAACCCACAUCACCGCGAUGGAGAAAUCCCGAUCCAGGCAUGAAACCAAUUUCGAGAGCUUCAGUAGAACCAGCCCCAUGGCGUCUACUUGAUGGGACUCGAGGUUCUCAGAAGGUGGUACCCAGAAAUUCGAAAUCUUUGCAAAGAGCGCCUAGUCCUUUUCCUUCUGUUUACAGUGAGAUAGAAAAUAGAUUGAAGGAUCUGGAAUUUAGACAAUCUGGCAAGGAUCUCAGAGCUCUUAAACAGAUACUAGAAUCAAUGCAAGUAAAGGGGCAGGUAAACACCAGCAAAGAGGGACACGGUUCGAAGUUUCCAAAUAUGCAAGACCAUGAACAUUUAACAAAAGGCAUGAACGGAAAACAGAAACGAAAUGAUCAAGUUCAUAGUCAUACUUCUCAGAGAUCUAAUUCUUCAAGAAUAUCUGAAUCUCCGAUUGUCAUCAUGAAACCUGCAAAAUCUGUUAAAAAACCUGCCAAUCGUGCAUCAGAUAUCCCUCUUGAUCGCUUGUCCAAUGAAUCUAGACGUCACGGAUUUGACUUUUCUGAUAAGAAAAAUGGUUUGGCCAGAACUGCUAAAGAUCAGAUUCCUAAGUCUGAUCGCCGAGAGCAUAUUGAGGCUUCUAAUGACAUGAAAUCUAAUUUCAGAACUCCUAGAACACAAAAAUCGACGAGGCAACAGCAGUUACCGGCAGAAAGCACAGCUAGUUCUGUAAAAUGCUCAGGAUCAAUCAGCCCAAGGUUGCAACAGAAAAGAUUAGAGUUGGAGAAGCGAUCCCGGCCUCCUAUAUCUCCAUCUGAUUCUAGUAAAUCAAGAAGGCAACAAUCAGACAAGCAGCAACCAGAGUUGAGUUCACCUGGUGGGAGAUGUCGGCCCAAAUCCUCAAACUUGCAGCCAUGUGAUGAUCAAAUUAGCGAAAUCAGUAGUGAGUCAAAGAAUUCAAAUUUUGGAGACAACGACAAUUCUCUGGUCUCAGAUGAAGUCAACAGUUCAGUAAGAUCAGGUGAGAUUAAUGGCAAUAAGAGUCCUUUGAGGCAGACUUCCAAGUACACCCAAGGCCUAGUAGCAAAGAAAAGGAUUCUGGUGAGAAAUGAUGAUGAAUCAGUGGCAGAACUUGGUACAGCAUCUCCUGAAUACCCUAGUCCCAUUUCUGUCCUUGAUGGUGCAGUAUAUAGUGAUAGUGCACCAUCACCUUCGAAUCAGAAACUAGAGACACAAGAUAACUCUGUUUGGAAUUCUAAUGACAAGUCAGCAAAAGAACAGAGGCAUGCAUAUGAUAGUAACAUACCUACCACAGUGGAAUCUGGUUUUAAAUCUGAGGUUAGUCGGAAGAAACUACAGAGCAUUGAUCAAUUGGUACAGAAACUUAGAAGACUGAAUUCAGGCCAUGACGAAGCCCGCACAGAUUACAUUGCAUCUCUUUGUGAGAACACCAACCCUGAUGACAGAUACAUAUCUGAGAUAUUAUUAGCUUCUGGUCUCCUCCUCCGAGACCUUGGCUCGAACCUGACGACUUUUCAGUUCCACCAAUCAGGCGACCCAAUCAACCCUGAGUUAUUCUUGGUCUUGGAACAAACUAAAGCUAGUAACCUACACAAAGAAAGUUAUAGAGCAGGAAAGAUUGUCCAGUCGAAGUCUGACAAUGAAAAAUGUCAUAGAAAACUCAUAUUUGACGCUGUUAAUGAAGUUCUCAAUGUUAAGUUGGCUUGCCUUGGACAUCCUACAGAACCAUGGUUAAAGCCUCUGAAAGUAACAAGGAAGACCAUCAACGCGCAAAAGCUCCUAAGAGAAUUAUGUUUUGAUAUCGAACAGCUUCAAGCCAAGAAACCGGGUUGCAGCUUAGAGGACGAGAAUGAUGGAUUGAAAAGCAUCUCGUGGGAAGAUGUUUUGCAUCGUUCAGAAAGUUUUACAGAUUUUCAAAGGGAAAUAUCAGGGUUGGUUUUGGAUAUAGAGAGAUCCCUCUUUAAAGACUUGGUUGGAGAAAUUGUGGCCGGUGAGUCUUCCAACUUGCGGCAAAAGGCUAGUCGGCCUGGUAGGCAACUGUUUGUGAGCAGGUAAUUCUCCUCUGUAUUGUCACUAUGAAGACAAAUCUGUGCUUUAUACUACAUGUAGUUUGUUCAUCACCUCUAGUGAUCACACCUUUCCUGUCCUGGAUCGAGAGAACUUGAUGAUUUGGGCAUAAACUGAGUGUAAUGCUGAAUACACAGAUUUCUAAGCAUUUAUUUACAUGUAUUUUCCUAUUGACAUUGGCUAUCUAUGAGUCUUUUGCCAUAUAAAGCUUAAUAAUACAGUAGAAGUGUUUCUUGUUUGCGGCAA